GACGCUUAGACGGCUGGAGGGGGGAGGAGGAGAGAGUCAGACCGCUGCCUGCUCCUGGAGGGAAAGAGAGAGGGAGGAGACGGUUAGACUGCCGGCUCCCUGUGAGAGAGAGGAGACCCUGUCAGGGGGAUGGCUCCACCACAGAACGGACAUUUAGCACCACCACUACUACCAGCACCUUGAGGAGCAUAGGAUAACUCAGGCUAUUAAGUACUCAGACACUGGACCACUGGAGUACCCAGACACUGGACCACUGGAGUACUCAGACACUGGACCACUGGAGUACCCAGACACUGGACCACUGGAGUACCCAGACACUGGACCACUGGAGUACUCAGACACUGGACCACUGGAGUACCCAGACACUGGACCACUGGAGUACCCAGACACUGGACCACUGGAGUACCCAGACACUGGACCACUGGAGUACCCAGACACUGGACCACUGGAGUACCCAGACACUGGACCACUGGAGUACCCAGACACUGGACCACUGGAGUACCCAGACACUGGACCACUGGAGUACCCAGACACUGGACCUACUGCAGGGAAGAGCAUGCGUCCAUGAUGAGUGUUCCUCAACCUGACCCGGAUGAGAUGCCCCCCUCCACCGUCACCCCUUUCACCACCCCCACCCUGAGCCCGACCCCACCAAUCACAGACGAGCUGGAGUGUAAGAUCUGUUAUCAGCGUUACAAUGUCCACAACCGCAGGCCCAAGAUCCUGGACUGCCUCCACCGGGUGUGUGCCCGCUGCCUCAACAAGAUCCUGGACACGGGGGACGUCUUGGGCUGCAUUUCCUGCCCCUUCUGCCGACACGAAACAGAGGUCAACGAAUACGAGGUGUCGGGCCUCCCCGACGACUCCAACGUCAUAUCCUGCCUGGCUGUCAGGGAUAAGUCCUGGAGCUCCGACCAAGAGGUGACCCUCACCCCCGAGAGCCUGUCCUCCACCUCCCCCUCGCACCACUCCUCCAACUGCCUGGUGAUCACUAUCAUGGAGGUACAGAGGGACACGGGGCCCGGGGGCCUGGGCAGCUCAGACCACUACACAGAGCACAGCCUGGACUCUAUCUCCGUGGGCUCCAACGGGCAGGAGGUUCAGGAAGCCCUGUCCAAGAUGUGUUCGCACGUCCCCCGGAUCCUGGUGUGGCUCCUGGGGCUGUUCUACUUCGGGUCCCUGCCUCUGGGCAUCUACCUGCUGGUGAUCCAGAGGGUGACGCUGGGUAUAGUCUGUGUGAGCCUGGUACCGUCCAGUCUGACUGUGUGUCUGGUCUACGGGUUCUGCCAGUGUCUCUGCCAGGGCAUGUGUGACUGCUCGUCUAGGGGCUGA